AUGGAGGCUACAUCAAGUGCUCUUUCGUCUACGGCGAAUCUCGUUAAGACAAUAGUUGGCGCUGGUACACUUGCCAUUCCGUACAGUUUUAAAAGCGAUGGUGUUCUGGUAGGGGUUAUUCUUACAUUAUUGGCGGCGGUAACAUCCGGUCUGGGUCUCUUUGUGCUAUCGAAAUGUUCCAAGACCUUAAUUAAUCCAAGAAACUCUUCUUUCUUCACAUUAUGCAUGCUCACCUAUCCCACUUUGGCCCCAAUUUUUGAUUUGGCAAUGAUAGUUCAAUGCUUUGGUGUGGGCUUAAGUUACUUAGUUCUUAUUGGUGAUCUCUUUCCAGGACUGUUUGGUGGUGAAAGAAAUUAUUGGAUAAUUGCAUCAGCUGUAAUCAUCAUUCCCCUAUGUUUAGUGAAGAAACUAGAUCAAUUGAAGUAUUCUAGUAUUCUAGGUCUUUUCGCGCUAGCAUACAUAUCAAUUCUGGUGUUCAGUCAUUUUGUGUUUGAGCUGGGAAAGGGUGAAUUAACAAAUAUAUUAAGAAAUGACAUAUGCUGGUGGAAAAUUCACGACUUUAAAGGAUUAUUAUCAACUUUUAGCAUUAUAAUUUUUGCUUUUACGGGAUCAAUGAACCUAUUCCCCAUGAUAAAUGAAUUAAAAGACAACAGCAUGGAAAAUAUCACUUUCGUUAUCAAUAAUUCGAUAUCCUUAUCAACAGCACUAUUUUUGAUCGUUGGUUUAUCAGGAUAUUUAACCUUCGGUAAUGAAACCUUGGGUAAUUUAAUGUUGAACUACGAUCCUAACUCAAUUUGGAUAGUAAUUGGCAAAUUCUGUCUUGGCUCAAUGUUAAUUCUUUCCUUCCCGCUUCUCUUUCAUCCGCUGCGCAUAGCAGUUAACAAUGUCAUCAUCUGGAUUGAGAUCACUUAUGGUGGGGCAAAUCCCGAAGAGGACCCACAAGUUUCGGAAUACACUCGUGCUUCCAACCUAAGACCAAUUAGCAUGACUGUGGAAGAUCCAGCCCAGCCCAGUGAUGCACUAGACGCAACUUCUUAUAACGAGCAAGAAUGUUUACUACCUAACGGGAACUUUGAUAAUGGUUCAAUUGAAAGUCAAGAGAACAAUAAUGAUGAAAGAGGGACUAUGGCGGUCGCCGGGGAUAACGAGCAUCAUGCGCCAUUUGUUAAGUCUAGAUUUUACUGGAUUACUGCAUUAUUACUAAUAAGCAUGUAUACCUUGGCGUUGUCUGUCCAGUCAUUUGCACUGGUUCUUUCAUUUGUAGGGGCUACAGGUUCAACGUCUAUUUCAUUCACUUUACCUGGAUUAUUAGGUUACAAAUUAAUAGGCUUGGAUUCUUUGGCUAUUGGGAAGAUGAUUCCACCAAAAGAUAGAUUUUACAAAAGGUGCAGCUUAUUGCUAGUCUUCUACGGACUAUCUGUGAUGUUUUUGUCAUUGUAUGUAACUGUAUUCAACCGUUCAGAUGAAGCCUAA